AUGAAGCCUACCGUUGUACUUUUGGGAGUUUUAUCUCUGCUACUGAAUGCAUCGAUUGGGUUCUCAUCUUCAGCGCCAAAUCCAAUUGGUCCCCUCUACCCAGAUUCAAUCACUGGUACCAUCAACAGUACUCUAUCUCUCGUCCCAAUCUCUUAUGAUCUUGCGAGAAGCAUCAUACCAGCUCAAUAUCCAAUCUUGACUAAAGCGUAUCACUCCCUGCUUCCAGGUUUUCCAAUUGACAAGUAUCCGUUAAUUAUCAGAGGCGCAUUGGAUCAUGGCGUUGGUGUUUAUGCUUUCAACUACAGUCUCGCCGACUUCCAGAGUAUUCACAUCCUGUACCCGUUCGUGGAUCUAUUAGGUGACGGUUACUCGAGUUUCUCAUGGAACAAGUAUCUCUUGAUCUCAGCCAACAAUACCAUCGCCAUUGAAGGAGCCGCUGCUGGGGGCACCAUCGUGCCUCCAACAACUUUUGACCCUGAUCUCGAAGCCUACGCAUUUGUUCCUCCAUCGGGUCACGAGAUCUUCUUGAACGCAUACACAAACCUGAGCACCACACAGCCAGCUGUGGCAACCAACUUCAAGAACGUCACGAACCAGCCAAUCUUCACUGAUGGAUUAACUUGUGACAACCAGAUCACCUUGUUCAACUCCAGUCUAUCGACCGGCGAUAAUGCUCCUGUAGGAAUUCGCGGAAAGAUCAGUAUCAAGGCCCCAUAUUUCCCUGAAGAGGAUUGCGAAGCCUUCGAAGAUGUUUAUGGCAUCAAGGUUGAUAUUGCGUUCGUUGAGAAUCCGGGUCUGAACUGCUCAUCUUUGAAGGGGUAUCAUGCUACCGGGUCUGGAGAUUGA